CGCCGUGUGUGACUGAGUGCAGGCCGCACCCCCGCCUGCACGUCCCGCCCCGCACAGCACAAGAUGGCGGCGCCCGAAGCUGCGUGGAACCGUGUGGACGUGCCGUGGCCCUCCAGCAGCAGCGCGGUGGCAGUGGACGCGCAGCACCCCGCAGUGCGCUGCCUGCCGGCCCUGCGGCGCUGUUGUGUCGGCACCAUGAAGCGGCUGUGCUGGCCGAGCCUGACCGCCGAGGGACGCGUCCUGCGGGCCCUGCUCUACGUGUUCCACAGCAGGCUGCUGCGGCACCGGCCGUACCUGGCCAUGCAGCAGGUGGAACAGUGCUUGAAGCGCCUGUGGAAAAUGAACUUGGUGGGCUGCAUUGAAACCCUGGCAGAACUGAUUCCCAGGAAAACUAAAGCCCAGGACCAAGCAGAGUGCUUAGUUCCCAGCCAGCCUAUGCUGGAAACAGUGGCCGUGAAGGUGCUGGGAGGCUGUAAGCUCAUACUGCGUCUGCUAGACUGUUGCUGUAAAGCAUUUCUGUAUCCUUUUUUUUGCUAUCUUGUCUGUUCAGAAGAAUUCAUACUUAUGAACACCGUGGCUUUGGGCAUGUUGAGCCGGCUAUGGAUUCAGUACAGGUGUUUACUGCAGAACCUCAUCUCCCUGUAUGGCGUACUGUCAACAUCGCUUCAUCUGGUGUCUGAGACCCAGCAGAUGCCCUACAUCAAGGGAUUUACCUUCCCUGCUGAUAUCGGUAGCUUUCUUGGAGUUAACCUUUCUGCUGAGGUGAAGAAACAAAAAGCUAAAAUGCUUACAGCAAGAAGACCUACCGGCUGGCUGAAGAAGCUCUUCCCAACCACAUCAGAAGCCGUAUCAAAGGCUGGGAAAAAGAGAGGUUUUGUGACCUAUGCGAGAGCUGUGAAGAACCACAGCAUUCCUGCGGAUGACAUUGGAGAACCCGUUCUGGGGACCAUAGGCAGCAGAGAGAACCACCUAUGGUUUGAUGUGAAGAGUUUGCUUAGACCAUCCAGACCUCCAAUACAAGGGGGUAGAUGCCUGACAUCAAAACCUUUUAAUGAAACAUCAGUGUCACUUUCCUCUUCUGUGGCAAAACUGCAGCGCACUGGGCCUCUCGUACAGAUGUUUCAAACAGCUGCAUCAUUUGGUGAGCUGUCGGAGGCGCUCAGAAAAGCCAUUCUGUGGUGCAAAGGCAACAAACUCAAAUCAGAAGCUUACUUUCUGCGCAGCAAGUUGUUGAAGAGCAAUCGGCUGCACCAUGUGGAGGCACAAGGAUGCAGCUUGCAGAAGAAACUGCGCUGUGUCAAAAUGACGCUCUGUAAAUACCUCCUGUAUGGCUCCCAGAACACGCGCUGGCCAAGGCAGUACCGUAGGGCAUGGAUCUUUGGAAGGAGGGCAGAAUUCUCCAAGUGCUCAAAGAGAACUCUGAGGACUGUUCAGCAAAAACAUUCGGAGCUUUCUGGGGACCAUGUGAGCUGCAUUUCACCCACUGUGAGGCCUUCGAGUCAGAAAGGAUGUCCCAUCAUUCACACGGCCGCUGUCAAACAAAGUACAGCAGGGACUCCUAAGCAGCUGCUGUUAAAAGAAAGCCCCAGGUCUGUGCACGAAGAUUCUGACAACGUGGAUAUUGACUCUAUUUUUGCAGCAAUGGGUGUCUGAUUCUGGACUAGGAAGAAGAAACGUGUCUUGUUUUUCUAACUAGAACUUGGAAUGCCUCUAAGUGUCUUGGUACCUCAUACACUGAGUUCUAUUAACAAAGGAGUAAUGAUCUUAUUUUUGUAAACAUUUUUGUUGUUCUUUUUUAUGGAACAGUGUUCAAAACAGAUGAGUAAUCUGUAUCCUUUUUACCCAGCCUUGUCCAGGGACAGCAGCUUGGAGUUACUUCCUACUCAGUGCCUUUUCUCUCCUGUCCUGAAAAGGUGUUAACCAAAUCCUGCUGCUUUGGAAACAGGGCAAAGCACAGUUGGAGCCCGCAAGAGUAAACUUAUCUGUGAACAAGU